AUGUAUCCAAAUGUCCAUAUUUUUUCUUGCACCAAUAUUGGAAAAUUAGUUAGGAUCAAUGAGUCGGUAGUAUUGUUUCUAUAUUGGGACAAUAUCCGUGUGCUACUUGAGUUGGCCAAAGAAUUUUCAAAGCUGCAGCUGGUCAUAAAUGCCUGGGCAGUCAGCGAACUGCGAACAGCAGCGGCGAUCAAGGCCUCAUGGCUGUUUUGA